CUGAUCCUUCUCCUUCACGUCUUGGCAAAAGACGGUUCCUGGCAGCAGUGAUGUCCACUCAAACGGUUCACCCUCAGGGGCAAAAGGUGCUGAGAACUCCCCGGCGGACUUCCAACUGUUUCUCUGAUCUGUACCAGAAGAUGGUCCAAGGCGAAGAAACCCAAUUUGUGGAAAAAAAGAAGUGCCAACCCUUGCAUAGCAGCAGCAGCGCCAGCCAAUUGACUUCCUGUCUUCCCAAGAAAGAGGAGGGUAGAGUUCCUCAGAGCACCACGGUUACAAGCUGUGACCCGCAUCUCCGACCCAUCAUGCGUCGUCGGGCCCGGUCUUUGCCCAGCUCCCCAGAGAGAAAGCGUAACGGGGUGACUCCCUGUCGUGUUCCGGGUUGCAACACCCGCAAGAACCGUGUCAGGUUUGCUGACGCCUUGGGCCUGGAGCUGGCAGAAGUGAAAGUCUUCCAAGCCGGGGAAGACCCAUCCAUCCCGCUUCACGUCCUUUCUCGGCUGUCCAUUAAUUCGGAUCUCUGUUGCAGCAGGCUGGACCUGGAAUUCACCAUGCAGUGCCUGGUACCUGACUUCCAGCAGCCGGGAGAUUGCGAAGACUUUCUCAGCCGCCUACAGCAGCAAAAGGUGUGUUUGGAACGAGUGUCCAGCUCAGAUCUGGGCCUGAAUGGCACAAUCAGAGUGGUCAAUUUAUCCUUUGAGAAGCAGGUGGCUGUGCGUUAUACUUUUAAUCACUGGAAGAGCCAGCAUGAAAUAAAUGCUCAGUGGCACAGCAGUGCUGCUGGUGAAAAUGGUGAGACCCAAGUGGACAUUUUUACCUUCUUCCUUCCUAUGCCCCCCUUCCUUCUUCAGCUUAGCUCAGUGAUUGAGUUUGCGAUCCUAUACCAAGUCAACGGUCAGGAACACUGGGAUAACAAUCAGGACAAGAAUUACACCCUGACUUGUAGGAACCAUCCACUUAAGAUGCCCAGAGAAUGUGAAGAGAGCUGGAUUCAUUUCAUCUAAAAGCAAAACAAAAGGGUUACGCCUUCGUUUGACCAUUUUUCUUCCCGCUGAGGCACCAAAGAAACUCUUCCGAAAUGGCAAAAGAUCCUUCAGAAUAAAAGAAUUAACAAGUGAUCUCCACAAAAGCAAUUUUCAGAAGCUGUUGUUUUUCUGAAGAAGAUAAGGAUAAAAGGGGCCUUAAUUUUCAGUUAUUUGCACUAAAUUCACUUGAAAUGUGAGGGAAUCAUAGUCAAAAGUUGCAGUUAUUAGAAGGAAGCUAAUGUAUUUUAUUUCUUUGAUCAAAUGUUAGAAUGUUCUGAUUAUGCAGUAUUUUAAAGCAUACCAUACUCCAAUGCUCUGUAGUUUUGCACUUCACUUUUUGCACUUUUUACAAAACUGUCUUUGGUGGGACAUGAGCAUAUUUCUGUUAACUUCUAGUAGGAAAAAAAUGUUGCACUUUUCUGCACUGGUCAAAUGCUGCAGGGUUAGGGAGGGGGGCAAAAUGUAACUGAAUAAAAAUGAAAAUUUACACUGCAGUUUAUAUGACAGUGUUCUUAUACAUUUGGCAUUAGUCCCUUAAUAUUCCUGUUUUAGAGGACUUUUUGUUAUUAGAAGAGGAAAUGCAGUUUGCUUUUUGGGGAAUUUUAUUUUUUAUGUUAUGUUAUUUUAGUCUUCCAGGUCAGAGUCAAAGUAAGUUCAUGCCACUAUAGUUUAAUAAACUGCAGUUUAGCCCAAAUGCAGGGGCUGCAGCCAGUCUUAGAUUUUCUUACAUUGGUUUGUUUCUAAGAAAGCCAUGGCUAGAGUGGAAUACAAAUGUAAGAAGCUGGCAUCAAGAAACCACUUAUUUUUUGUGCCAAUAAAACUUCAUGGGUGUAUCUAUGUAUACAGAGUCAGAGGCAUUUUUACAUUAACAAAGAGGUCACCCUGAAUCACACUUUUUAAAAUAUGAAACUGUUUGAUGACAACUUGAGUGCCACGAUUUUCUUUGAGAAGAAAUGAGAAUGCUUCUUUGCAUAUACAAUUAAUAUAGGUUAUAUUUUACCAGCCUUUGGCAUUAUAGUAUAACCACCUAGCUUCAGAUCAAAACAACACUGAAAUGUGUUAGAUUUCUAUAGAUCAUAUGAAAUAUUGGCACUUUGGAUGUCAAGCAUUACCAACUCCUGGGAUACAAGUUACAGGUGCAGUUAAGGAUUGAGUUCCAUGUUGUUUCUGUCACCAUUUUGCAUGCUCACAUGUUUGGGAGACUGCUGUCACUGCCCUGGAUUGAGAUCUCUGCAUAUACCAUUAAGUCUGUAAGGAAUGCUUCUAUUUAUUCAUUCUUCGGAAGAGCUCCUUGUGAUGUGGUAAAGCUAGCAAUGAGUGGGUUGUGUAUACUAAGCUAAGAAUCAUUAUGUCUGCAAACAACUAAUGAGAGAUGAACUUGUGAUUGCCAAUGGACCUGAAAAGUAUAGACUUCUAAAACUGGAGGUCUAGUUUAUAUUCAUUAGUUCAGGAUGAAUCACCUUGUGCAGUGAAGUAUGAGUGAAUACGGUAUAAAGUCUUUCUGUUCUUAAUCUCUUCCCUGCCAUUUUUAUGGCAUGAUUUUGGAGUUCUGUAGCAAGCAAGCUUAGACUGAGUUCCACCUACUUUGGCUCAAUCUCUAAGACUGGGCAGAUAGAGAUUGUAGCUCUACUCCAGGUAUGGCCUUCAGACUAAUUUCUUGCAAACCCCCAGAUUGAUUUCAAAACUUCCUGCAAGAGAUCAGUUCAAAUAAGAACCAUCUUGCCUUUCCUGUUGGAUUACUACUUGAGAAAGAAGAACAAGUAUCAGAAGGAAAGCAUAUUUGAGGCUGGGGUCUUCAAACUUGACA